GGUUCAGUCGGCAUCGGUCUGUACCAUGGAAUAUCCUUACUGCAGGUGGUGCUCAGUUCAUUCUGAGCGUGUGACGCUACUCUCGCAGCCUCUUGCAGGUUGAUAAAGGAGCACCAUCCCCUGCCUCUCUAUUUUCUGUCGUCUUUCACUGACGCUCUCAUCCUGUUCUCACACCGCCGAACGCCCUUAACUGCCCUCCAACGCGUGGUAACCGGGACUUGGCAAUGAUCGCACUGGCGUUCAAUUUCAACGUUUUGACAAGGGACCUGUCAUUAUAUCUGGAAAAUCAAGUCAAAGUCGGGCUUUUCGGGUCUGGAGUGGGACUGUCCUUAGUACUCGGCUUCAGCGCCGCGUACGCUUGUUACUACUUGAUCUCGGUAGCUAAGAAACCACAACUUAUUGCCGGAGGGAAGAAAUUCUACCAAUUUCUGAAGGAGCAAUGCCCCGUAGUGUCAGAGACAUACUAUCCCACCUUCUGGUGCUGGGAGAGUCGGGUUCAAACGCUGCUCAGACCCUUUGUCACAGCAAAGCCAGUGGUCUGCUACAGAAAUGAGCUCAUUAAAGCAGCAGAUGGUGGCCAGAUUUCUUUGGAUUGGUUCGAUAACGAUGACAGCACCACCCACCCGGACCCAGCCAUCCGGCCCACCAUCCUGCUGCUGCCUGGGCUCACCGGAACCAGUCGGGAAUCCUACAUCCUGCACAUGGUCCAACAGAGCCGAGAGCUGGGCUACAGAUGUGUGGUGUUCAACAACAGAGGGGUGUCUGGUGAAAGACUCUUGACCCCGCGGACGUACUGUGCGGCCAACACGGAGGACCUGGAGGCUGUCAUCGCGCACGUCCAGGGCACCCACGUGGCCGCGCCGCUGAUGGCCGCCGGCGUCUCCAUGGGAGGGAUGAUGCUGGCCAACUACCUGGGCCAGAAGGGGCAGGACACGUGCUUGCGUGGGGUGGUGGUGUUCUCAGCCGGCUGGGACGUGUUUGAGUGCACCGCCUCAUUGGAGAAGCCCUUGGACCGAUUUCUCUUCAACUCCUACCUCACAAGCUGCCUGCAGGCCUCUGUUGAUAGACACCGGCCUGUGCUUGAGAAAAUAUUUGACAUUGACCACAUAAUGAAGGCGAAGACUGUGAGGCAGUUUGACGAGCGGUUCACCUCCAUCAUGUUUGGCUACCGGUCCAAUGAGGAUUAUUAUAGGGAUGCCAGUCCCAUCCACAAACUAAAUUCUGUGCAGGUGCCCAUGCUGUGUCUUAAUGCCGCAGAUGAUGUCUUCUCCCCCAACCACGCGUUCCCCGUGGAGGUGGUGAAGCAGAACCCUCACGUGGCGCUGCUCAUUACCGACCACGGCGGACACAUCGGCUUCCUGGAGGGCAUCUGGCCCUGGCGAAGCACCUACAUGGACCGCGUCUUCAGGCAGUUCACCCAGGCCAUCUUCGAGCACGAGAGCCAGCUGCGGGAGCUUUAACCCCCCCGUCCCAGGCCAGCACCGUCCACCCCCCUCUCCAGUCUACCAUGUGCAAAAAAUACACGGCAGCGUACAUUUCCAAAACCAGAAACGCACAAUCGAGGUUCAUUCGGUGUUAAUGGCAAGGUGCAGAGUUCAUGUUCAACAGCAUAAACUCACAUGCCCAACAUUUUAACCUGUCUUUAGUCCUGCUGUGAUUCCUAGGAGAAUCCUGCAGAUUAUUCAGUUUUUACAGAACUACUGUAACGACUCAUGUCACUUUUAUGUUACAACAUUUUAUAAAAGGUGAACUCCACAAAAAGUCUUCAUUUCAUAAGUUGUCCCUAAUGUUUAAAGCAGUUGAUGCUUGCUGAAUAAUGUCUUGAAUGUCUUGGUAACCUGAUAAUCUGGAAAGAAAGCACUGAGAGUCAUGUGACCAGUAGCUAAAAUCUGCAUAGCACCAGUGCAGAUCCACUGAUCCUUAUGUUAUCUGAAUAGGUAAUCCAACAAUCAUUAAUUUGUCAUUUUGUCUUCAACUAAUUUUUUUAUAGUUCAUUUUAUUUUUUGAGGGAGGGGGGGAUAUUAUUCUUAGCUUUUGGUUUUAGUCAGUCCUCAGGGCUUUUAUUUUCAGUGCCGUGAAAACGUAUUUGCCCCCUUCCUGAAUUAUUUUAUUACUGCAUAUUUGUCACAUUUAAUGGUUUCAGAUUGUUAUACAAAAUGUAAUAUUAGACAAAGGGAAACUGAGUUAAAAAAUAAAACACAUUUUAAAAAUUAUUAUUUAAUUUAUUAAAUAAGUUAUUAAACACUCUCAUCACCCAUGUGAAAAAGUAAUUGCCCCUUUAGGUACUCAGUCAACCAGUUAAUCAAAUCUCAUUUAUAUGAUCUGAAACCAUUCGAUGUGACAAAUAUACAAUAAUAUAGGAAAUCAGGAAGGGCCAAAUACUUUCUCACGGCACUGUACUUGCAUUAGCACCCAUUUUGGCUUUUGUUUGUUUUGGCAUUUUUAGUUCUCCUUAGGCAGGGUACCCCUCACCAGAUCACCAUCAGUAUUCUGUGUUCUCUUGAAAUGUGAUACACACCAUGCAGUGGACUAACUUUUACCCAGCUUCUUGCAGGUUGCACACAAAACCAUCUUAACAUGUACGUACACCCAUAGUCCACCAUUUGUCACCGAUGAGGAGAGUGAAAUUGUGAUUUGCAGUUCCACAACCGUCAACUCCCAUUAAAAAUUAGUAUACGUUGACAUUUCAUUUGAUCUCAUACUUUGGCUACUUUACCAAUACAGUUGUUUAUGGCUGCUGUGAGUCGUAAUGAAUUAACAUAUAAAUACCGCACGGGUAACACUUGAACCGCUCAUAUAUGUUGAGACACUGAUGUCUUGAGGAAGCCUUAAUCCUUACCUUGGUAAUAUCUGACCCUUGUUUUUUGGGUAACCACUGCGGCUGGGGCUUAAAUCAGAUGAUGUCUCUGCUCUACCCUUGAAAAGGUGCUUUUACCGUCAUUUUGUUGCUCGUAAAGGUAUAAUCAUGUCAAACACAUUUGUUUUCAACGACGUUUUGUGCUGCGCGUAGCAGUGUGUAAGAGAUAGGAAUCGUAACAGCAGUUGCCCUGGAUACGGACAUCUGUUUUGCAAAUACAAACGUAUGACCGAGGCAGUGCAUGAUGUAUCACUUUGUUCUGGCGGUAUUUCUACGUUACUUCAUUACGAAACUCUGGCUGGCGUGUUCUGGCUUCCUGUUGCAUGAGCUGUCCAUCUUUCAAUAUGCUGUCUUGAACCUUAGAACUAACAGACAUCAUACCAGUAGCACAAAGGACAUCAUUUAUUGCAACUUAAUCCUGUCACAUUCAUGCCUAUAUAAGGAUAUUCUAUUUAACACAUUCAUGCAGCAAUACGAUUUUAAUAUAAAAUGCAAAAUAUCAAUGUACAAAUUUAUGUACACCUGUAUGGAUUGUAAGUGCAUAAGCUGUAUUUAAUAAAUUAUUAAAUCCAA